UCUUCAGUGACUACUCUCUAUUUUGAUCCUGUGCAGGUGGCUGAAGACAAGUCUCAUCAAGUCAAUGCAAGGAACAAAUUAUUCUAGGGUGACUGAAUUUGUGUUGCUGGGACUCUCUAGUUCAAAGGAGCUACAACCCUUCUUGUUUCUCAUAUUUUCACUCCUCUACCUGGCCAUUCUGCUGGGCAACUUUCUUAUCAUUCUUACUGUGACCUCAGAUUCUCGUCUUCACACCCCAAUGUACUUUCUGCUUGCAAACCUCUCCUUCAUAGAUGUAUGCGUUGCCUCUUUUGCCACCCCCAAAAUGAUAGCAGACUUUCUGGUGGAGCACAAGACCAUCUCUUUUGAAGCCUGCUUGGCCCAGAUUUUCUUCGUGCAUCUCUUUACGGGUGGUGAAAUGGUUAUCCUCGUAUCCAUGGCCUUUGAUCGCUAUGUAGCUAUAUGCAAACCUCUCCACUACACGACCAUCAUGAGCCGCCGUGUGUGUGUUGCUCUUGUCUCCAUAUCCUGGUUUGUGGGCUUUGUCCACACUACUAGCCAGCUGGCAUUUACUGUAAACUUGCCGUUUUGUGGUCCUAACCAGAUUGACAGCUUUUUCUGUGAUCUCCCUCUGGUAACCAAGCUAGCCUGCCUAGAUACUUAUGUUAUCAGCUUGCUAAUAGUUGCAGAUAGUGGCUUUCUCUCGCUGAGCACCUUCCUCCUCUUGGUUGUUUCCUACACUGUGAUUCUCAUUACAGUCAGGAACCGCUCCUCUGCCAGCAUGGCCAAGGCCCGCUACACGCUGACUGCGCACAUCACUGUAGUCAUACUGUUUUUUGGACCCUGCCUUUUCAUCUAUGCCUGGCCCUUCAGCAGCUAUUCAGUUGACAAAGUGCUUGCUGUGUUCUACACCAUCUUUACUCCCAUUUUAAACCCGGUCAUCUACACACUAAGGAACAAGGAAAUGAAGGCACCUAUGUCAAAGCUGAAGAGUCGCUACCUGAAGCCUGGCCAGGUUUCUGCAAUCAUAAGACAUAUUCUGUUUCUGGCGUCAAAGUGA